CGGAUUCGCCACACGAUUCCUCAGUGAGACGCGCGGCUGGCUGCCGCGAGCCACGCGCGACGAUUAAUCGAUAUAUUCGUCCGAUCGAAUACCCGAUAUCGAUUCCCGAACGAAACACGAAGAGUCAUCUGCGUGCGUGAGACGCGCUCAGCCGGAGAGCGAGGAAAAAUUUCUCGCUUUCGAGUCCGCUGCUGGAGGAAGGUCGGAGGAGCGGAAAAUUGGAUCUGCGAUUUCCACGGAGAUUCGUGUGUCAAACUGACAUCUCUCGUCGAUCGUUACCGAUCGCGUAUGUUAUCGUCUCGUUACUAAACGCCGCUGGAAACGUAUUAUACGGAGACGCGUUAUAAAUAGACCGGGCAAAAUUUCACCAAGGUUCGAACGGGAGUUACGCGCUUUCAUCGAGCGCGCGCUCGCAUGCAUCAUCGAGACGUAUUUCAUAACGCGGCCAGUGGUACAGACAGCGGUGUGGUAUCAUUUCGCGAGCAGCCGGACUCGUCGUCCGCUCCUGCAAAUUACAAGCGGCGUGCUGGAACGCGCGGAAGAUGGAUCGUCCGCAACGCGAGAUGUGAGACCGCGCCUCCGUCUUUGCGAAGAGGAAGAAAGAGGCCUCGUCGUCCCGCGAAUUCUGACAGGCUGCCAAGUCGCGUCGCGCGAGGUCGCGUUACAUAAGCGCAACCCCGCCGAUCGCGUUGAUCAUGUGACCAAUGCGAUUCGGCGACGGAGAGCGCGUGUAUUCACGCUCGCUCGGAAAACGGUACCGCUGCAGGUUUGAAUCGGGGCUGAUCGAGCGGACGGGCCGAGCGGGAUUCUCAAUCAUGCGACCGUUCGUUCCGCUUGCGUCUCGCCGAUCGUGAACCGCUUCUCGGACGACGCUUGCGUGAGGAGACCGCGUCUCGGUGCUGUGAACUUGGUGCGCGAAUCGUGUAAUUGAAAACUUUUUAUUAACUGAUCUAUAUAUAUAUAUAUAUAUGUGUGUGUGUUAAAUCGCAUUGUUAGAAUGUAGAAGAGAUUUCGAGGUACAAAAAAUCGCCUCGUCUGGGAGCAAGGAUUGGCCGGGUGAACGGCACGUGAGCGAGCGGGCGCUUCGGCGAAACGAGACAACGGUCUCCACACUGAGGAACCCAUAAAAUUCAGCGAGGCAAGGCCCGUUAAGAAGUCAGACGACGAACCCGCCCGGGACGUGGAAUUAAUCGGGGCGAUCGAGCGAGUGGUUUUUCCCGCAGAUUACAGGAGCAAGCGAGAAAGGGGGAGAGAGAGAGAGAGGGGGAGAAGAAGAAGAAGCGAGAGAAAGAGCAAGAGAACCGGGACCAUGAAGAACGCCCAUCCGAUCAUCAGCGCGACGGCUUCCAGUCCGGUCGGUCCGGAUUCCACGGACCUCGGCGAGCCGAUCAUCCGGCUGAAGCUGCAGAAACCGCUGCACUGGGAGUGGGAGCUGACGACGUCCGCCGACGCGCUUCCCGUCAUCCAGCUGUUGGACAAGGACGGCCGGCUGUUGGUGGAAACCACCGGCAGAACGGCGCAGCGAGCCAGAGGCUCUUUCAAGGAAGGCCUGAAGACGCACGAGCAAUUCCCCGUCGACGAGUCCGCAAGCUCGGAACAACCGCCGACGCCGUCGUCAUCGACGACAUCGUCCUCCGUCGUGCCAUUUGCAGGUAACCGCAACAUAGACGGCUUCAGCAGCAAAUUCGGCACGUGUAACUUCGCGCCGAGGAGAUCCAGGAGCGACGUCGACGUCAAGGAGAGACGCGACAGGAGGAGGCGCUCACCAGUGGAGGACUCGACGAUGAAGGCGAAGCUCGAGGGGAACGUCGAAGGGACGACAACGGGGCUCAAGAGAUACUCCGUAGGGGAUUACCUACGGCAACAGAUCAUGGACGACUUACGUACACGGAGCACGGUCGGCAAGAGCCCAGAGGAGAUCGCCAAAGACAGGUGCAGGAAGGUCAAGGCGUACUUGAGGAGCCAGAGCGAGACCCUGCUGAAUCUGGUGCGUGAAGAAAACGAGACGGCGGACGUUAAGACCGAAUCGCUGAGGAAGAACGCCGAGAGUCGCAGAUUGAAGAGAAGCGACACGGCGGAGAAGAAAACGACGGAAGAAAAGCGAAGAGCGAAGCCGUAUCUGCGCACCCGGAGCGCCGUGGUACCGCCCGAAGGGGACCGCGAGCCGAUAAAGGACGACAUGAACGAGGAGGAGCUGGCGGAGAUUCGGGCGUUCCUGCGCGAGAAGAUACAGCGGCGGAUGAAUAUGGAACAGGCCGUUCCCGCCGAGCACGCCGGUAUCAGGAAGAGAUACUCGGACUACAGUCACGGGAACGAUCGUGGGAACUACAGGACGCGAAAGGUGCGCAGCGAGACCAACAUCAUCCGAUUCGAUCCCGAAGUGCUCGAGAGGGAGAGACUAAAGUCCUGCGGGCAACUGGAGAAAGAGAGGCCCACGAAGGGAGUAUCCCCGGAAGAUCCGUCGCUCCGGGGACAAUCGCGUAACUAUCGGCGAUCGGGCAGCGACGUAGCCCUGCUCGAAGCCGCGGAACCGGACGAUCGAUCCAAGCCGCAGUUGAAGAGAGAAUCGUCGAGCUUGGAGAGGAGGAAGCUCUAUCGGAAAACCAAGAGCGACGUUUUGCUCGGACAAGCCAACGCGGAAUCCGCCCGGGACCUCGGCAAUCCCCCGAGGCGCAUAAAGAGCCAGGAGAACGUCGAAAGAUCCUGGAGGGAGUACAAAGAGAGGAAGAGGAACGAGAGGCUCCGCAAAGAGUCGGAGAGAGAAGUGCCCGAGGAGGACUUUAUGAGUAAGCCGAGGUGGAAGGACCUGCAACGCGAUCUCUGCUCUUCACGGGGCUGCAAGGUGUGCCAGAACCUGCGGAACUGCGUGGACCCGCUUCAUCAGUCUCGUCGCGCGCCCCACCGCGAGGACGAGACCGCCGACUCGUCGAAGGUCCAAGUGAGAGAUCGCGGCAACGACAUCGGCAGCGUGUCCGCGAUGAACGUCAAUUCCCCGGACUUCGGCUACAAUUCGAUCCCGAAGAGCGCCUUCAAGGACUACCGGGAGCUAUACGCUCGCUCGAACGUGAAGAAAAGCGACACCUUCAAGAUCAUCGACGGCAGCGAGGAGAUGGGGGAACGCGCGGAACACUCUGACUCGAAGAUAAAUGCCGACGUUUCCGACAGCGAUCUCGGCUAUCUGAACGGCGAGGGCUCGCUGGCCAACAAAUCGAACGAAGACAUCACCAGGGAUUACUUCAAGAGAGUUUACGAGCUGCUCAAGAGGAGGCAGGAGGAGACGCGAAAAUCAGCGGACGGAGGCGGCGAGUUUCCGGGCCACGAUGACUCUUCGUCCUCGAAUUACGUCGAGGAGAUACAGAGGAAGAGGCAUCGCCGCCGCAGAAGAGACAAAAGCCCGCAAGGCGAGGAAGUGGUGACGGUGCCGUCGAGCAGCGGCGGCCAAGAGGGCUGGAAGGUGCAGCGGCUGUCGGUGAGCAGCACCGAAUCGCCGCAAUCGAGCAAUCGUCGCCGCGGCUGUCGGUCGCAGAUCGUUUCCGGCGGCAAGAGGAACCGACCGGCGCCACCCCCGCCACCGAUAUCCUGCAGAGUCAAUGCCAAGGACGUCGACAGAUACUUCGACUGGCCGAAUAAGGAGAACACGCCCGGGAAUGCCGUGAACCGGCGCGAGGACGAGCAAGUCGCGCAGCAAGCCGCGAGCGAGGAGUCGACGAUGGGCUCGAAUUUGAGCAGGCACAACGGAAAGGGCCUCACCGGCCGGCGCACCCAGUCCUCCGGGAAUCUCUGCGAACCCAAGGGCAAGCUCAACAGCAUGGGGAAGAUACUGGUGCCCUGCUCCAGCGCGCAGAGGGAGAGGUACAAAUUUUGCGGCUCGCUGCCGAAUCACCUGGACGAUAAGGAUGCGAUGGAGGACGAUCGCCGAGACAACAACAACAUUAUGCCCGAUAAUAUCGGCGGGAAUUUCGGCGGCACGUUGCCGCACAAGAAGCGAUCGUUAGGGGUGCACUUCUCGGACAGCGGGCCGACCGGCACUCUGGACCUCGUUAAACAUCGAUCGCAGGAUUCCUUGGACGAGAACGAUCCUUGGAGGUACCAGCAGAGCGAUCUCGACCUGGUGCGAUGCCGUCACGGUAACUUCGACUCGGUGAAGAGGAACCGAAGCGCCGACACGGUGCUCGGCGACUCCGGCAGGAGAUACGGCCGCGGCGUGGAGGACAGGUGCCACCGGAACGCGGACCUCGACCUGGUCGGCACGCUGCCCAAGCGCAAGCAGGACACCAGGAAUAGCGGCAGGAGCCUCGGCUCGAAUUCCUCGUCCUCGCAACCGUGCAUCGUGAUGAACACCGCCAACGACGGCAGCGGCGGAGCCGGCGAUGACGACGACGACCUGCUGAUGAAGAUGCUGCACAAGCCCGACUGCGAGCUGCUCAAGCAUCGCCAACAGUUCGGCAAGUGCGUCGACUUGAAGCUGAGUAAGCUGGCGAGCGGCGGAGAGCCGCAGGACCAGGGUUACGCAUCGGAGCGCUCGCCUGAAGACGAGCAUCCACCUUCGUUGCCGGGACAACCGUUUCCAAGCGUAACGCCAGAGAGCACAUUCCGAGUGACGCUGCAGAAGAGCAGUCGCGGCCUCGGCCUGAGCCUCUCCGGCGGCGGUACUGCCGGCCCGGUCAGGGUGAAAAGACUCUUCCCGCAACAACCCGCCGCCCUAUCCAACAAACUUCAGUCCGGCGAUAUAUUAUUGGCGGCCAAUGGGAUCCCGCUGACCGGCCUCACCAAUUAUGAGGCUCUCGAAGUUCUGCGUACGACGCCCAGCACGGUCGAGUUGGUGGUGUGUCGGCUUCCAGGAGAUAGCAAUGUCACACCACCCGGCGCACCACCGCCACCCCCGGCAAGACGUGAGCCGCCACCGCCGCUACGUAUACUCAACCCUCUGCCGCCCCUGCAGAUCGAGCCCUGCGGCGAAUUCGAUAUCGAGAUGACGAAGGUCGGCGGCAGCCUCGGCUUCACCCUCCGGAAGGCGGACAGCAGCGCCCUAGGCCACUAUGUGCGAGCGCUGGUGCGGGAGCCGGCGCUCAGCGACGGCAGGAUCCGGCCGGGCGACAAGAUUGUCGCGGUGGAUGGCGCACCGUUGUCACCGAUGACUCACGAGGAAGCGGUCCAGCUCCUGCGGCAAUGCGGCCCGACGGUGAAGCUGCGGUUGUACCGCGAUCUGGCGCAGACCCCGGUCUCGGCGCUAUCGCCCACCGAGCCUGAUCAUCCUCUCCGUCCACCGCGAACGAGCUUGAGACAAGAAGCCGUGGAUAUGCUGUGUGAUUUAGCGGUACGAAAGCUGUCACCGGGUACGUCGAGCGGAUCCAGCUGCAAGCAACAAUCGCCCGGCGCAUCUUGCAAUUCCCCCCGAAGGCUGCGCCGACUGGCCACGCGCACCCCUACUGCCGAAACCGAUCAAGAAAGCCCGGAGAAGUCGCACGAAGCCGUGCAAACGGUGUCGACGGCCAGCCAAGCGGAGACGUCGGACUCGGACCAGUGCUCGAUACGGACGCAGAUCACCAAUUCCCAGGCGAACACACCUGCGACCGACAUAAUCGAUCCGCCGCCGCUCUACGACGUCUGCGACGAGACAUGCGACGGUUCAGCGACGAGACGGUCCAGCAACGGCGCCGCGGCCAGACCGAGUUUCCUCGACCUUUCGGCGCCGCAGGGCAAGCCGCACUUCCAGUUCUGCAGCGUCGACUCGGACGGUGAGUACCCGGAGGACGGCGUCAUCCUCGCCGAGGCGGAGCACGGCCGGCUGGCUGAGCCGAGCUACGACGACGAGCGCAGCGUGAUGAUACUGUCGAGCGACGACCACGACAACGACCUGCCGUCCGAGCCGGCCUCGAUGCCGCCGGUGCUCUCGUCCACCAGCAGCACCAGCACCGCCGCCUUCAGCUACAAGAAUCCGGCCUAUCAGAGCGCCAAUCCGGCCUGUGGCACCAGCAGCGACCCGGCCGGCUCCAAGAGCAAGGCCACGCACUCCAGCGACCAGGACAUACCAGGAAAAGUUUUGGGAACCGACGACCCGGGCGGCAGCAAAGGGCUAUUGAAGUGGAAAGGCGUGAUGUUCGCCCCGGACGACGAGGUGGAUCGGACCAAGCACGAGGAGGAAGCCGGCAAGGACGUUACGGAUGCGGUCGCUCCCGUCGAAGACCUUGAACAAGGCAGCGAGGUGUUCAUGGUGGAGCUGACGCGUGGGUGGAACAGUCGGCUGGGCUUUAGCUUGCAGCCGGAAGGGAAUCGUACGGUGAUAUCGGUCGUGCAUCCCGACAGCGUCGCGGCCAAGGAUGGCAGGCUUAAGCAGGGCGACGUCUUGAUGAUGGUUAACGAGGAGAGCGUGGAACACAUGUCGACGGCUGAUAUAAUAGACCUGUUACGCAAGAUACGCGGCUCGAUCGGCAUCACCGUGAUGAGGAAAUCCAAACGAGAUAAUGUAACGUGACGCUAGUCCGACUUGUGAUCGAAAUGUGUUUCAUAGGGAAAAUCAUAAAAAGAAGGAAGAUCUGGUCGUUAUAUUCCUUAUCGGCGGACAAUGACGAGUUCAAGUUCAGGCAUGAGUCUAACGAGAAGGAAGGGAGGCAGAGUAAGUAAAUCCGUCACCGUCAGCGACGAAGAUUACGGAUUGUAUCCGUGAAGAAGCGGGAUAAUCUCGUUGUAUUUGGAAUGGCAAUGUGAAUGCCUGUGCGAGGAAAAAAGAAAGAGGAUCGUCUUGGUCAAUUACAAAAGACUGCCGUCGAAAAAUGCGACGCGGUGAAAACGCCAUCCAGAUAAUUUUCGGAUGAUCACGUCGGCUGAAGAUAAGCGGUCACUUAUUCUCGCGGGAAUCCUCCGGUACACCACAGAGAUUUACUCCCGUAUUAAUAGCAGUUACUUGAAACUCAAGUUUCACGUGAAACAUUCAAAUUUUAAUUUAGAAUUAGACGCGCAAGUUUUUCAGUUGAAUCACGGUUACAAACGUAAUGUUACGCAUAUCAUAUAAUUCGGCUGAAAAACUUAUCUAACUUUGUAUUCAAAUCUGAAUAUCUUUGAGUGAGACAAGUCCCAAGUAACGCCUAUUAAUACACAGAAAAAAAAGUUAAUGUCAAUUUAAGAUAUAAGUAUAAGCAAAAAUAUAUAAUUUUAUAUAAAGAUGAAAUUUGCUCUUACAUGAAGAAAUUCUAUAUAGUUUCACAAAAAAUAUAUUCAUGUUACUCAAGAAUAACUUUCAUGAGUUAAAAGGGAAAAAUAUUAGACGCAAAAAGAACGACAUCUUCAAACUAAGGAUUAUAUCAAUUUAAAAAUAUAACAUUUUUUUUCAAUUCAAUAUUUUCUUCCUCUUCAUUCAUAAAAGCUAUUCUUGAAUGACAAGAAUAUGAUACUUUUAACGGAACUGUAUAAAAUUUCUUCAUAUAUAAGCCAAUUUUCUUCGUAUAAGAUAAUAUAUUUUUACUUAUACACUAUAUGAGAAUAUGAAUCUUGAAUUAAUAUUGAUUUUUUUUCGUGUGCACGGGCUUUGCAGUCGAAGGACAUCGUAGAUGUUACCUUGGUUGAGUUUUCAGUCGCGCGGCUUAAUUUCCCGCGAAUCGGUAUUAUUCACGAGUUACACGUUAGAACCAAUAUUUUAGCGUCGCCUCGUAUCGGCCGUCACGUCGGAAGGACGUCCGAUAUGUUCAUCGAAUGACGAUAGAUUGCGCUUGUUGAUAAUAUUUCUUGACAAUUUCCGACGAAAUAAGCUCUUGAUAAGCUCGAUAACCUCUUACUAUUGAUGCGUAUUCGCCCGAUGACAAAUACAGUAAUCAAACAGUCAAUCAAAAAGUCCGAUUACGGGAACGCAAUGUCGUGAAGAGAUGAACUCGAGCAGUGCGGAUCGAUCGAUUACUCGUCGAAUAAACAAUUUCGUUUCUUUCGUUUAUGAGACUGCGACAGAUAUAUAUAUAUAUAUAUAUAUAUAUAUAUACAUACGUGUGUAUAUAACUGUAAAGAUCACAGUUUUUAAUAUGUUCGCGAGCGUGUAAAAAGAAAUUCCUCCGAGAGUUAGUAGCACACCCUACAUAUCCUUGUAAAUCGCCUAUUCUAUCAAUAAUUAUCCGAUAGAAAGUAUACGCGCGUAGUUCUACGACAAAUGAAUUUAAAUAACAGAGCUAUCCUUAAGGGAAUUCGGAGCUUAUAGUGUUAAAUUUUAUUUUCCCCCUGGGUAUACAUAAAACGUCGUUUAACUUAAGAUUAAUGUUAAAGUAAGACCCCAAACAUUUGCCACGAAAAUGCGCAACGGUAAUCCCAAUUUUCCUUCGAAGGUACAACGUUGCUGAAACAGCUGUUGCGUACACACUAUAUUUUUAUUCCACAAAACGUAACUUUUUACGAAGAGAAAGGGAGCUUGAUAUCUACUGUAUCGCGAGUUUAUAUAUAUAUAUAUAUAACACGAAAAUACGAAAUAAAUUUAUUCUACGUG